GUUCAAACAGGUUAUAAUCAAUAAUUAUCAUAAAACCAUUUAGAAAAGUAGAAAAAAAAAAGAGAAAAAAUUAUAAUGGAUUCAUCAUCCAUGAGGAUCACUGCUGUAGUCAAGAUUAUUUAACAAGUGGAAUUUCGCGAGUGUUGAUUUGUCAGCUUUCGCGCCAACUUUUCUUCAUACAAUCAAUUAAAAUUUUCAUAGUCAUAAAUAUUUUAUGUCAAAUUUCAUAUUGAUGAUUUGACCGAUUGACAUAAUUACCGGAAUGUCUAACGAUCCACCGUCAAAUCCAUCAGCUGGUUCAUCACCUGGACCACCAAAAAAUUUAUCAGAAGUUGAUAAACGUGCUGUGAUAAAUAAUUUACCAAUUGGUUCAAUUGCUGGUUCAUCACCAAGAUUACCAUUUGGUUUUACAGCUGGUAUGUCACCAUCAUUACCAACAAAUGUAUUACCAGCAUUACCAGGUGGUCAAUCAAAUGAAUCACCAAUUAAUUUAUCAUCACCAAUUCGUCAAAAUUUUGGCUCAAAUGAAAAUGCCAUUCAAGCUUUGAGGCCUGAUCCAGCACCAAUUAAUCUCGUCACAACAAGAAAAGACGUGGGUUACAGAAACGUUGAAAUCACGUCUGCUUUCACCCAUUUGCCCCAAAAAGACAUGGCGAGAGACACGCCAGGCUCGCCGAUGUCUAGACCACGUGAUUUGGUAACAAGUGGAGCAAAAGCAACUUUAACUUCUGGUGCUUAUCAUCCAACAAGUCCUGAGGUAUUGCCAAUUCAUGGACAUCCAGCAAUUCAACAGAAAAUACUUGAGUUACAGCAUCAUCACCAUAUUCAACAACAAAUUUUACGUCAACAGUAUCAAGCCCAAGAACGACAUCUUCAAGAACUUCAAGAACAACAAAUGCAUCAAUUAAAGGUGAUAAAUUGUUAUCUAGAAUUUAAUCAAAUAAUGCAUAAAGGAUUCUUUAAUAAUUCAUCUGAGAUAUGGGAACAACGUCAUGAGAAGCAAAUGCGUGAAGAAAAAAUUGAAGCUUUAAAAAAAAAAGAUAAACAUGAUCAUAGUGCAAAUGCAUCAUCAGAAGUUAAACUAAAACUUCAGAGUUUUCUCCAUGGAAAAAGACAAAGAGAAAGAGAAGCACAAGCUGCUGCAAAUGGAGCAGGACCUGGAACACCAGCUUACAGAAAUUGGAUGCAGUCUCAAUCAGAAUUAGCAACUCCAACAAAUUCUUCACAUCCAUAUCGAAUGCCUCACAUGCUUCAAGAAAAACUUGGUGAUGAUUUUCCACUUCGUAAAACAGCAUCUGAACCAAACAUCAAGGUACGACUCAAGCAGAGGGUCAUGGACAGGAACAAAGUUGUAUCAUCAAGUUCACCACUUGUCUCAAGAAAUACUCGCAGAAAUGAAAGAAUUCUCACUCAUAUCAAGAGGAGGAAUCACGUUACAAACUCAGGUAGUAAUCCUGAAUCAGGGCCUAAUUCACCACCAACUGGUAAUAAUUCACAAGCAAGUUCAACAACUGGCAGCAACACCCCAAUUCAAGAGGAAAGUGAAAAUGUUCAUUAUGGUGGUCCACUGACAAGUAGCAGUCAACAAGGAAGUCUUUCUGAUCUUUCAUUAUUCAGUUCACCGUCCAUGCCAAAUAUAUCACUUGGUAGACCUCAUGUACCAUCCAGUUCUUCCUCGAGUGGAACAAAAUUAGCACCAGUAUCAGAAGCUGAAGUACGUGCAGCAUGUACAGCACGUUUAGGAAUGCCAUUAACUGGACAAAUGUUACCAGGAACACUACCAUAUUAUCCAGCAUUAGCUGCUAUUGAGGGUGAGCCACGUAUAUUAAAACAAAUGCAAAGCCUUGAACAACAAGCUUCACGUCAUCAUAUGGUUUAUCAUCCAACACCAAUAACUGAUACUCAAGUUGCUCAUGCAAGACUUCAUAAGGCUGGUCACCGGCCUUUAGGUAGUAGAACACAGUCAGCUCCAUUACCACUUGGUCAUCCAAUGCUUCAAAGUGGCAUUAUACCACCACCAACUCAUUAUGAAGAAUAUUUAGCUGAAAAACAAUUACAUGAUCAACAACAACAUAAUUUAGCAAAACAACAAAUACGACAUUCAAUUAUUGCACGUGUUGGUUCAAGAAAUAGUCAAACAAAUCAGCUUGAUGAAGCACCUGAAACUGAUGAAUCUGAAGUUAUUGAUUUAACUGGUAAAAAAGAUCAUCAUCAACAGCAGCAACAACAGCAACAACAGCAGCAACAACAUCAUCAUCAACAACAACAACAACAACAACAACAUCAACAGCAGCAAUUACAACAGCAACAACAGCAACAACAUCAUAUUCAUCAUCAAGAAGAGAGUGAAAUAUCAAAACAACAAAGAGACAGAGAACAAUUUCUUCAACAACAAAGAGAUCUUAUGAUGCGACAUUCAUCACAAGUUAAUGAAACACCAGGUUACAUUGGUAAUCGUAGUCAUGCAUCAGCAAGACCAUUAUCACGUGCAUUAUCAAGUCCACUUGUACAUUUAGGACCACAAGGUAAUGUACAAGUUGAUGGUUUUACUCGUGGUUCACCACAUCGUCCAACAACUGGUCUUGCAUAUGAUCAAAUAAUGUUAAAACAUGCAUGUGUAUGUGGUGAAACAGUACGUGGACAUCCAGAACAUGGUGGUAGAUUACAAAGUGUAUGGGCAAGAUUAUCAGAAACUGGAUUAUUACAACGUUGUGAUCGUAUUAGAUCACGUAAAGCAACACAUGAAGAAAUACAAUCAUGUCAUAGUGAAGCACAUACAUUAUUAUUUGGUACAAAUCCAAUAAAUCGUCAAAAAUUAGAUGUAUCAAAACUUGCUCAAUUGCCAAUUAAAAAUUUUGUACGUUUAGCAUGUGGUGGUGUUGGUGUUGAUUCUGAUACAACAUGGAAUGAAUUACAUACAGCACCAGCAGCAAGAAUGGCUGUUGGUUGUGUUGUUGAUUUAGCAUUUAAAACAUCAAUUGGUGAUAUUAAAAAUGGUUUUGCUGUUGUUAGACCACCAGGACAUCAUGCUGAAACAAAUCAAGCUAUGGGAUUUUGUUUUUUUAAUUCAGUUGCUAUUGCUGCUAAAUUAUUACAACAAAAAUUAGGUAUACGUAAAAUAAUGAUACUAGAUUGGGAUGUACAUCAUGGUAAUGGAACACAAAAAAUGUUUUAUGAUGAUCCAAAUGUAUUGUACAUGUCAAUACAUCGUCAUGAUGAUGGUAAUUUUUUUCCUGGUACUGGUGAUCCAACUGAAUGUGGUGUUGGUGAUGGUAUUGGUAGUAAUGUUAAUAUAUCAUGGUCAGGUGGUUUAAAUCCACCAAUGGGUGAUGCUGAAUAUCUUGCUGCAUUUCGUACAAUUGUCAUGCCAAUUGCUAAAAAAUUUAAACCAGAUAUUGUUCUUGUAUCGGCUGGUUUUGAUGCUGCCAGUGGACAUCCACCACCACUUGGUGGUUACAAUGUUAGUCCAUCAUGUUUUGGUUAUAUGACACAGCAAUUACUUGAACUUGCUGAUGGUAAAGUUGUACUUGCACUUGAGGGUGGCUAUGAUCUUGCUGCUAUAUGUGAUUCAGCACAAGAAUGUGUACGUGCAUUAUUGGGUGAUGAUAUUACACCAAUUAUUGAUGAAGAAUUAACUAAAGUACCUUGUCAAAAUGCCAUUGAUACAUUGCAAAAAACAAUUGCCAUACAAAUGUCACAUUGGCCUUGUUUAAAACUUGCUGCUCAUACAACUGUUAUGAGUGCCGUUCAAUCAAGUCAAACUCAACGAGAUGAAACAGAAACAGUAUCAGCCAUGGCAUCAUUGUCAAUGCAACAGCCAACAAAUCUAACAACAACACCUGAACAUUCCCGUGAAGUAUCUGAAGAACCAAUGGAAGAAGAUGAAGGAAAAUGAAGUUAAUUUCAUUUAAAAAAUUUAUAAAUAUCAACCUUUUUAUUUAUAUUUAAAAGUUUUUUUUUUCUUUUGCAAUUAUGUUAUGAAAAAAAAAAGAAAAGAAAACAACACGACAACGAGGAAAAGUUUAGAAAUUUUACGAAUUUUUUUCGGGCUAAAUGCGAAAUAAUAUGUUUAAAUAUAAACCGACGCCCUCCAAUCUUUGAUGUAACGAUUUUUUUUUUUUUUUUUUUUUUACAACGGCUGGGCCACAAAAAAGAAAAAAAAUGAAUUUAAAAAUUGCGUAACUUGGAAGACGUGUUAUGAAACAUUGUAAAAUAUAAAAAAAAAAAAAUAAUGAAUUCAUAUUGAGAUAAACGUAAUCACUUAAAUGGCAAAUUUUGUAAAAAUAGUUUUAAAUAUUUUGACCAGCUGGAUUAUGUUUAUAUAUUUUUAUUUAAAAAAAAAAAAGGUGUGUCUUAAAUAGACAACGAAAAAUUGAACAAAAAAAAAAAAAAUUCAUAAUGAUUAGGAAUAUGUGUACCGAAUGAACGGACCAACGAAAUUAAUGAUAGAAAUUUUUACAAAUCGAAAUUACGUUUUUUUUUUUUGUUGAAAAAGCUAGCUGUGUUUGAUGAAGAAAAAAAAAAAUAAUAAAAAGACAGUAGCGUUAGAAAUUCAUCGUGAAAAAAAAAAAAAUAAUAAAUAAAAAAUAACAAUGACAUAAUUGUUUAAAUGAGUGCUGGUUACUCGAAAUAAUUUACUCUCACAUUUUGUUGAUAUCAACAACUUUUUACCUUAUUUUUGCACAUAAUUUUAAUGUGCAAUUUCCAUUUGAUUGGAAAUUUUUAUGUGUUAUUAUUAAUCGUAUAUGUAUAGAAAUAUAAAAAAAUGAAUCGUCAUUUGUGUAAAAAUAAUUGUAAUCACGAUACCGAGACGCGGAUUGGAGAAAAAAAAAUAAAUAAAAAAGGUUAAAUAAUAAUAAUAAAUAUAAAAAAAAAUAAAAAAAAAUUGUUGUAUUUUAUUAAAUGGCAAAUUUUCUUCAUCAUUUAUCGAAGAAAUUACUGAUUGUUUAAUUGGAAAUAAAAAAUAAAUAAUUAGCAGGGUGAAUAAUUUAAAAAAAAAAAAAAAGUUGUUAAAUGUGUAUAAAAAGAAAAUUCACCUUUACAUUGUUUUUUGCUGUGUAAAAAAGGCUGGUGCAAUUUUUGUGAUAGUAGAAAAAAAAAAAUGAUUGAAAAUAAAAAUUUUAGAUAUGAUAAAUAAAGAGGGUAACAAUUUUAAAUUAAUUUAAAUAAUACGAGCAUUUAUUUUUGUGUCAUGCAUUUUACAAAAACACAGAUGAUAUAUUGUAUUAAAAAAAAAAUAAUAAUAAUUAAAUAAACAUAUAUUUAUAUAAAUAAAAAUGAAA